CGCCCCGGUUCUCAGUAUACACACCGUCUAGCCCCCACCCCCUUCUCCUCCCUGAGCGGAGCUCCGAACGUCGGUCGGGACUACAGACACACACACACACAGCCAUGGCCGAAAACGCCGGCUUGGAAAACCAUCGUAUUAAGAGCUUCAAAAACAAGGGGCGAGAUGUGGAGACGAUGCGAAGACAUCGUAAUGAAGUGACUGUAGAACUGAGAAAGAACAAAAGAGAUGAACAUCUCCUUAAGAAACGAAACGUUCCACAGGAAGAGAGUCUGGAAGACUCGGACGUGGACUCGGACUUCAAAGGGCAAAAUGUAACGCUAGAUGCCAUCUUACAGAAUGCCACAAGUGACAAUGCCGUGGUGCAGCUCAGUGCCGUGCAAGCAGCCAGAAAACUGCUCUCGAGUGAUAGAAAUCCCCCCAUAGACGACUUGAUAAAAUGUGGAAUCCUUCCGAUCUUAGUCAAAUGCCUGGAGAGGGAUGACAAUCCAUCAUUGCAGUUUGAAGCUGCCUGGGCUCUGACCAACAUUGCGUCAGGGACGUCUGCGCAGACGCAAGCGGUUGUCAAAUCCAGCGUAGAUGCUGUCCCGUUGUUUUUGAGACUUCUUCACUCUCCUCAUCAGAAUGUGUGCGAGCAGGCCGUGUGGGCACUGGGCAACAUCAUCGGUGAUGGGCCCCAGUGUCGAGAUUACGUCAUCUCUCUUGGCGUGGUCAAACCCCUCUUGUCAUUUAUUAAUCCCUCAAUCCCCAUAACCUUCCUGAGAAACGUUACCUGGGUCAUCGUCAACCUGUGCCGAAACAAAGACCCUCCUCCACCAAUGGAAACUGUACAAGAGAUUCUUCCUGCCCUUUGUGUACUCAUAUAUCACACAGAUAUAAAUAUUCUGGUAGACACAGUGUGGGCUCUGUCAUAUCUGACAGACGGAGGUAAUGAGCAGAUUCAAAUGGUUAUAGACUCAGGUGUCGUCCCCUUCCUCGUCCCACUGCUCAGCCACCAAGAGGUCAAAGUUCAGACUGCAGCACUGAGAGCGGUGGGCAACAUUGUCACGGGGACGGAUGAGCAGACUCAGGUGGUGCUCAACUGUGACGUCCUCUCUCACUUUCCCAACCUGCUCACACACCCCAAAGAGAAGAUCAAUAAGGAGGCAGUGUGGUUCCUGUCCAAUAUAACAGCGGGUAACCAACAGCAGGUGCAGGCAGUAAUAGAUGCUGGUCUCAUACCCAUGAUCAUUCACCAGCUCGCCAAGGGUGAUUUUGGAACACAGAAGGAGGCUGCGUGGGCCAUCAGUAAUUUGACAAUAAGUGGAAGAAAGGAACAGGUGGAGUACUUGGUGCAACAAAACGUGAUCCCACCUUUCUGCAACCUGCUGUCGGUGAAAGACUCUCAGGUGGUCCAGGUGGUUCUUGAUGGACUGAAAAACAUCCUCAUCAUGGCUGGGGAGGAAGCUAGCACAAUUGCUGAGAUCAUUGAAGAGUGUGGAGGAUUGGAAAAAAUCGAGAAUCUACAGCAGCACGAAAAUGAGGACAUCUACAAACUUGCAUUUGAAAUCAUCGAUCAGUACUUUUCUGGAGAUGAUAUUGAUGAGGACCCCAGCCUGAUUCCUGAGCCCAACCAGGGAGGCACAUUCAACUUCGAUCCAGCCUCCAACCUUCAAACCAAGGAGUUCAAGUUCUAGGAACUUUGAGCUUAAGAAUAUGGUGGGUUUCCCAGCUGCUCCUCGACCCCUGUUACCUACUGACCCAUCAUCUACCAACCACUCACUAACCAGAAAAUCCAACCAAUCACCAUGCUCAGAAACUACACUCUCUCACAGAAGAUAAAUAGCACUGAAGGAUCCCGUCUCAAACGCCACUCAAAGUGAAUGGAUCUCAGCGACUUUGAAACAUGGAAGAGAAGAACAAGACUUGUUCAUUAUUCUGCAGUUGCCAAAAAAAGAAAAAAAAGAAAAAAAUUGCUCUUUCUUUCACUCACUCACUCAAACACCCACAUAGGUGAGCAUGAAAAUAAUAGGAACUUAUGUUGUCGUACCAGCCAUCAUAUCAGCCAAGGAAGAUGAAAGAAAGAGAUAAUCUUACAAUUUAAAGGGCAGGGAUUUUUGUUUGCUUUCCAGGAAAUUCCUUGUGUUUCUGGUGUGAUCGUAGAGUUUCCCAACUCGAUGUCCAGCCUUUACUGUGUUAAGCCAUUUUGAACCCCCUCCCCUAUUCAUCUGAAGUCUAUGAAUUAGCCCAUAGUGGGUUAUUCCAUGGAAUAUUGUUCUAAUGGGGGAAGGGGACGUAUCAAAGUAUGUGGUGUGCUUACAGGACUUCAAUUACAGCCACCGAUUCUUGUUUUUGCUUCUCAUUAAAUCCUCAAAGUGGAUUACUAUUUACAAACCACUGAAGAUAUUGAAGAAAUCAAAUCACAAACUCUAGAGAAAAUUCAUCAGAGACCGUCAAGCACCUUUGUUUACUUUAAAGUUCUGCAGCAUAAGUCUAGUUGGACAUUCGUCGUGCCGAUCUUUUGGGUUUGCGAUUAUCGGACAUUUUAAACGAGGAACCUAUGUGAUCAGUGGAAGAUUUCGUCAAUUUGGCCAGGACUUUUAAAGGGCCGCCCCAACCUUUGGAAGUUCACGGAGAUAAUCUAACGGGUCUUUCUACUCGAGAAGGGUGCUCUGGCAGCGCUCCGUAUUUUGGAUUCAUCAUCUCUGCUUCCUGUCUGUAAUCAUAGUAAUAAGUUCAUCGGGUUAACCCCAACUGGUAAACGGUUGGAAAAUAAUUUCACUAAAUCAGUACAUUUCAGCACUCGGUAGUCAAAAUGAGAAACUCUGCAACAGUGAUUGGAUUGUGAAAUCUUUUCUUUUGUUUUGAUCGGUGGAGCUUCCGCUUUUGCAGUUUUUUCGCACACUUUUUUGGGUUUUCCCGUUUUAUUGCUUAAUGUAUGUGGAGAGCGAUGUUCGCUUAAUUUUGACAAUACAAGCAAUGGGAAAAGGAGAACCACGAAAUUGCGGUUCCUUUUGUUUUGUUGGAUUUUAAUCUUUUCAUUUGCUACAAGACUUAAUUGUACCAACUAAAAAAAAGUGUAUUUCUUGUGUAGGUAUAUAAUGAAAAGCUACCACACUUAGGUCCACUAGCCGUUGUUGGGACGCUACAGAACAAUAAUAACAUUGUGAUUAUCGAUUUACAGCCAAUAGGGGUAAUUUUCAGUUUUUGUUUUGUUUUAACCUUCGUUUUGUAAUGGCAUGCGAUUGCCAUUAUUUGGAAAAUGGGCUUUCUUACUGUUGUGACUGGACAAUUUUUUUGGUUCCUUUUUUCCUGUGCAUUAACUUGUAAAGGGAUGUAUGGGAAAAAUUGCAUUUGGACUAAAGUAGUUGUGUUCGGGCCGCAGACUGCUGAAAAGACAGUAAGGAAGCUUAUGGCAGCCCUGAUGAAUUAGCCGUUUAUUGUUGAACAAAAAGAGAAAAAACUGGUUUGAACUUCAUAAACUUAUCUAGAUGACUAGAAAACGAGCCACUUUAAAGAAGUUUCGUCUUGUAUCGGAAACGGAUACAAGCUUAUUGCUUGUUGCAAGAUUUUUACUUGCUAAAGAAACAAUUAAUCUAAAAAAAAAAAACUGCGACGGAUCGCAUUUUUGGCCUCUGAUUGUUUGUAAGUUUUUAUAAAUUUUAGAACUGAAUUUUUCUUUAAGGUGGCUCAUCAGUAUUUUUUUCAACUCUUGUGCAUAUUAAAGAUAAAGAAUGAGUUGAAAUUCA